GUCGACCCUAUUAUUGCCUACAAAGUUAUGUGCAAUAUCAGACAAAACGGAGUGAAAACUAGACGAUUCACGAUUUCCCAGUGAUAUUGUGCCUUUGGCCUGAAAAAUUUCAGUGCCAUUGAUACACAAUGGCUCGUAGGAGAACAGCUUUUGAGGAUUUACGAGAACCUACAGCCAUCGAUUAUAACGAGUAUGAAGACGAGAAUGAAUAUGAGGUUGUUGAAGACUUCACUUUCCAGGAGUCGGCAAAAGAUCACAGCAUCUCUGAUAGUCAAAGUUUUGAGAGUAACACACCUCGUGAUGACAGUAAUGAGAGUGUAUCACCCGAUUCUGCAUCUUCCAGUGAAGUUCACAUAUUGAAAGAUGGUACACAUCGUGAACCGCAGUGGAGAAUAAAAAUAAGCACACAUUAACAUCCUACCAUUGUAAGAGGAAUAAAAGCGUUUUUGUUUUUAGUUCCUUGCACCGUAACUUUUCUAUUUGACUCUGAAUGAAGCCCGGGACUACAUUGUAUUACAACUCGACAAAGUACUAGGUAAAUAUACUCGGUAGGAGCACUCACAGUCAAGUCAUCAUCUCAGUGUGCUGGAUUUGGUUGACAUUAAUUCCUGGAUAAGUUAUAAUAGUGUCUCCGGAAAUAAAUUAUCCCGCCGAUCGUAUCUGAUGAGUCUUGCGGAAGAACUGCAUGGAUCCAUACAUCAUAUAAGGUACGUGACAACUGGGCUUACGCCGGACAACUUAACGCAGUUGGAAAAUCGUGAGAUGAGUAAACGUCGGCAAUGUCAGAUUGGUUACUGUACAGGCAACAAGUCAAAGAUCAAGUGCUCUGUAUGUGAAAAUAAUGGCUCGUGGCUUAUGUGGACAGAUUGAGAGUGACCACCUGUUUCAAAUACCAAUCUCAAUAAGCAACUCGGAUUUUAUGUAUUCCAACCAAUCACCAGAGAACGGCUCUUUGAAUGGCUACGAACAAUGUGUCAUUCCUCAAAUGGAGCCAUCAUCUGGGCAACACACAGACACCUCGGCUUUGCAUGAACAACAGACUUCGGGCGCUGUAUUUUGUGACCAAACACAGAAUGAGCCCGAGUGCAUCACGAGGUGGAGGAUUGAGUUUGAUAAUCGGUUGAAAGUGAAGGAUAACGCAGAACGGGAGAAAAUAGCGCAGUUAGAAGAGAACGGUAUGAAAGAUCUUCACAAUUGGGGAGUUCAGUAUCGGGAUACACUGUCUAAAUCGGUCAAACUCAGCCGAGAACACGAUGCGCAAUUGCGCACGCAACAGAAAGCUAUCGCAAACGCUUCUGCUGCUGUGUCGGGCGCUGAUGCCGCCCAAACAUCUCUCUGGGAGCGUGUGUGCGAUCUGUGCAAUUUUGUCCCACCUACUCGAGACGACACCGCGGCGACAUUGGCGAAGACCACCAGUUCAAAAGACUCCCCGAAGGAUAUGUCCCGCAUGCGGAUCCUAUUGUUACAACUGAAACAAAAUGCACCUACACUUAGGCGUACUGGCUAGUGGCGGUUUCACUCAGCUCCUUGAUGCGAUCUCACAUUCCAAAGUAACUUCGCCACCUUAUAACUUCUACGCACCAAUCCUGAUGCAUUUCUUGUCGUUUUGUCUUUCGAUCCCUCACUUUUCUAAUCACAAAUCACUGAUCUACGAUGUUGUCUUCAAUGCAAUGCUGUGUUCUUUACUUGUAGAAGGAUGAGGUAUAUAACGACUCA